UUCUCACAACAUUAGCAGAGAGGGUGGGCAUAACUUCUCUUGCUGAGUUUGCUUUGGUUUCCCUCUACAGACAACGGUUUGUUCAGACUCGGCAAGGCUAGUAGAGUUGGAAAAUGCUGUUCCUCUUACCGGCUAUCUUUCAGGAGAGCUUGCCUCUACAGGUGGUUCUGGUGUUCCUGGCUACCUUUCUGCUCAUUGCCAAUUACAUAAAAUGGAGACGGCCAAGGGAUUUUCCUCCAGGGCCUGUGCCUCUUCCUUUUUUGGGCAAUCUUCUGGAUAUUGAUCCCAAGAAGCCUCAUCUUGCUAUGCAAAAGCUUAGAGAAAAAUAUGGUAACGUCUUCAGCCUGCAGCUUGGAAACCAGCGAUUAGUGAUUGUGAAUGGGCUGCAUCUGAUGAAGGAAGCCCUCGUCCAUCAGGGUGAAAAUUUUGUAGACCGCCCCAGAUUUCCUCUUAUGCUGGAAAUCUUUGGGGAAUUUGGAUUAAUUAAUUCUAAUGGACUUAGCUGGAAACAACAAAGAAGAUUUGCCUUAUCAACACUCAGAAGCUUUGGUUUGGGCAAAAGAAGUUUAGAAGAACGAAUACAGGAGGAGAGUAGAUACCUAAUGGAUGCAAUUGAAGAGGAGAAAGGGCAAGCAUUUGAUCCUCACUUUCAGAUUAAUAAUGCCGUUUCAAAUAUCAUCUGUUCCAUCACUUUUGGGGGCCGCUUUGAUUACCAUGACAGUCAAUUCCAGACGUUACUGCACUUGCUUGACAGAACACUGUAUCUUCAGGGAAGCAUUUGGAACCAGCUGUACAAUGCCUUUCCAACUCUCAUGAAAUACUUGCCAGGUCCCCAUCAGACCCUGUUUAAAAACUGGGAACAAUUGAAAUCCUUUGUGAGAGAAAUCAUUGAAAAGCACAAGGAAGACUGGAACCCACUUAACACAAGAGAUUUCAUUGACGCUUAUCUACAAGAAAUAGCCAAGGAGGACGCUGAUUCCAGUUUCCAUGAUAAAAAUCUCCUACAUUCAGCACUGGACCUGUUUUUUGCUGGAACAGAAACAACUUCCACAACGCUUCUCUGGGCUUUGCUGUAUAUGGCCUUUUAUCCAGAAAUUCAAGCAAAAGUCCAAACUGAAAUAGACUCUGUGAUUGGCGAGUCACGACUGCCAGUGAUGGAUGACAGAGAUCGCAUGCCCUAUACCAAUGCGGUUGUUCACGAAGUUCAAAGGAUAAGCAACAUUGUGCCUUUGAAUGCACCACGAAUGACAACAAAUGACACAACGCUGGCUGGGUUUCAUUUGCCCAAAGGAACCAUCUUGUUCUCCAGCUUGACAUCAGUACUGUUUGACAAGGAUGAAUGGGAAACACCCAAUGUCUUUAAUCCUGGCCAUUUCCUGGAGAAUGGUCAGUUCAGGAAAAGGGAAGCAUUCCUGCCGUUCUCUGCUGGAAAGAGGAUUUGUCUUGGAGAGCAGUUGGCCAGAACAGAACUUUUCAUUUUCUUCACUACUCUCAUCCAGAAGUUCACUUUCCAAGCUCCAAAAGAUGUGACAUUAAGCCUUGAUUUCAAGAUGAGACUUACAAUGUCCCCACAGCCAUACCAGAUAUGUGCAUUCUCUCGCUAAGUGAAACCACAUUGCUUUUAAAAGAGGUAGGGUAAGCUGACAAUAUCGUCUCCAUUUCUGUUCUUUUGACACUGUAUUCUGUAUUUGUGUUUUUAACCUGUUGGUAGUUUUAUGAUGGUUUUAAUUUUUGUGAACUGCCCAGAGAGCUUAGGCUAUUGGGCGGUAUAAAAAUGUAAUAAAUAAAAUAAAUUAUGCCUGUGUGAAAAUUUAAUCCAGGAAAUCAUUGCAAAGGAGGAGCAAUAAAACAUUUUCAUUAGUUGGGACAUCACACUUGCAAGACGUCACCUAAUAUAUGCACAAAGUAUCAUCACCAUUGUUGGAAGUGCUCUGAACAUAUUGAUUCAUCUUUUAAUCCUUAGCUUAAAAUAUGGACUGUCCAAUACUGCGAGAAUCUUGAGACAUGGUUGCUGAUGGUUGCCAGGAUUUUCUCAUUGAUUACAGAUACCUACUAAAGCUGGGAGUUUUUGAACGUAAUGACCCCUGAAGUAAUUAUUCACUGGAGCCAAGUUGCAUGGCUACCAAGCAGCAGAGAACCAAUAAAAUUUGGGUGAGAAUAAUAAGUGCUAAGAUUUGUUCAGCAAGUGAUAAAUUCCAUGUGUGUAUAGGUUUGUGUUUAAAAAGUUGUUAUGGUGCCAUGAUUUCUGUUUGUUGCCUAUGCGGAAACCCUACAUAUUUCUGAUCACAUCCCAAUCACACACAGAUGCAAUAUUUUUUCAGGAAACCCACACAU